GCGCAGGGCUUUGCCGGUUGCCGGGAGAACCCGUGACAACAAAAGGCGCGGACUGCAGCGGCGGCGGCGGCGUGGCGGAGUUUAGCGGAGGAGUCCUGCGCUGCGCCCGCCGCCGGAGACUGGGUUUUUCUUUAGCGGGAGUUAAGAUCUUACAUAAAAUGGAUGUUUCUCGCACUAGAUACUGAAUAUUCAGUAGAAAAUCUAUUUAUUAAAAUCUAAGCCGCCAUGGAAGAAAUACCAGUAAAAGUUGCUGUAAGAAUUAGACCUCUGCUGUGCAAAGAAGUUCUUCAUAAUCAUCAAGUUUGUGUGAGAGUUAUUCCAAACACCCAGCAAAUUAUUAUUGGGAGAGAUAGAAUCUUUACUUUCGAUUUUGUUUUUGGCAAAAAUUCCACUCAAGAUGAAGUUUAUAAUAUGUGCAUAAAGCCACUAGUGUUGUCACUCAUUGAGGGCUAUAAUGCAACUGUUUUUGCCUACGGUCAAACUGGAUCUGGGAAGACAUAUACCAUUGGAGGAGGCCAUGUUGCCUCAGUUGCGGAAGGUCAAAAGGGUAUUAUUCCUAGAGCUAUCCAAGAAAUAUUUCAAAACAUCUCUGAAAACCUUAGCAUUGACUUUACAAUAAAAGUGUCUUAUAUAGAAGUAUAUAAAGAAGACUUAAGAGAUCUUUUAGAAUUGGAGACAUCUAUGAAGGACCUUCACAUACGAGAAGAUGAAAAAGGAAACACAGUGAUUGUUGGGGCCAAGGAGUGCCAGGUGGAGAGUGCAGAUGAAGUGAUGAGCUUCUUGGAGAUGGGGAAUGCAGCCAGGCAUACAGGUACCACCCAAAUGAACGAACACUCCAGUAGGUCACAUGCAAUUUUUACAAUCAGCAUUUGUCAAGUUGAGAAAAAUACAGAGACAGUUGAAGAUGGAUCAUGGUGUUCCCAUCGACGUAUUGUCUCAAAGUUCCACUUUGUAGAUUUGGCUGGAUCAGAAAGAGUAACCAAAACGGGUAACACUGGUGAACGGUUCAAAGAAUCCAUUCAAAUCAAUAGUGGGUUGCUGGCUUUAGGAAACGUAAUAAGUGCUCUUGGGGACCCACGCAGGAAGAGUUCACAUAUUCCGUAUAGGGAUGCUAAAAUUACCCGACUACUUAAAGAUUCCCUGGGAGGCAGUGCCAAGACUGUCAUGAUCACUUGUGUCAGCCCAUCCUCCUCGGAUUUUGACGAAUCUUUAAAUUCUCUCAAGUACGCCAACAGAGCACGCAACAUCAGAAACAAACCCACCUUAAACUUCAGCCCGGAGUCAGAUCGGAUGGACGAAAUGGAAUUUGAGAUUAAGUUGCUUCGAGAGGCUUUGCAAAGCCAGCAGGCUAGUAGUAUCAGCCAAAGCAGCCAGAUCCAUCGAGAGGGGACUCCUGAUAAAAAUAAGAUCCAUUGUCUUGAGGAGCAAGUAGCUCAGCUCCAAGGAGAAUGUCUGGGUUACCAAAACUGUAUCGAGGAAGCCUUCACCUUCCUGGUGGAGUUAAAAGAUGCUGUCAGACUAAAUCAGAAGCAGCAGCACAAACUGCAAGAGUGGCUUAAUAUGACCCAGGAGGUCAGGAAGGCCAUUCUCACUUCGUUCAGAGGAAGCCGGGGCAUGGGAAAUUUGGAAGAAGGACCACAGCGUAGCACAGUUUUCCAGCUGAAACGAGAGCUGAAGAAAUGCCAGUGUGCUCUCGCUGCCGAUGAAGUAGUAUUUAAUCAGAAGGAACUGGAGGUGAAGGAACUAAAGAAUCAAGUGCAAAUGAUGGUACAGGAAAACAAAGGACAUGUUAUAUCUUUGAAAGAAGCGCAAAAAGUUAAUAGAUUACAGAAUGAAAAAAUAAUAGAACAACAACUUCUUAUGGAUCAGCUGAAUGAAGAACUAACAAAACUUAACCUGUCAAUGACUUCUUCAGUUAAGGAAACUUGUGGAGAUGGGCCAGAUGCCAGGAUACCUGAAAAGAGACCAUAUACUGUACCAUUUGAUACUCACCUGGGGCAUUAUAUUUAUGUCCCAGCAAGAUCAGAUGCCAGGAAGGUCUACACAAGUCCUGCUGCGUACUCUCUGGAUCGCAUAGUUGCUGGAUUCCGAACACGAAGUCAGAUGCUGCUGGGUCAUAUAGAAGACCAAGAUGAAGUCAUCCACUGCCAGUUUUCUGAUAACAGUGAUGAGGAAGAAUCAGAGGGCCAAGAGAAAUCUGAUAUUAGAACUAGAAGUCACUCAUGGAUUCAAAAGUCUGGCUCCCUUUGUUCUCUUGUUGAACUGAAUGAUAUUCAUGAUCAAAAACAAAAGUCAAGUUUGGGGAAUGAAGAUUUAAAGAUUGAAUGUCUCCAGGAGAGUCAAGAGUUGAAUUUGCAAAAAUUAAGGAAUUCAGAACUCAUACUUAAUGAAGCAAAACAAAAAAUGAGAGAACUUACAAUUAACAUCAAGAUGAAAGAAGAUCUAAUUAAAGAAUUAAUGAAAACAGGUAAUGAUGCCAAGUCUGUAAGCAAACAGUAUUCUCUGAAAGUAACAAAACUUGCACACGAAGCAGAACAGGCAAAAGUGGAAUUAAUUGAAACAGAAAAACAGCUACAGGAACUGGAAAAUAAAGAUCUUUCUGAUGUUGCUUUGAAAGUAAAAUUACAGAGAGAGUUCCGUAAAAAGAUGGAUGCCGCAAAGCUAAAAGUCCAGGUCUUACAGAAGAAGCAACAAAAUAGUAAGAAAUUGGCAUCGCUUUCGAUCCAAAAUGAGAAACGUGCUAAUGAACUAGAGCAGAGUGUAGAUCACAUGAAAUAUCAAAAGGUACAGCUGCAAAAAAGACUUCGAGAAGAAAAUGAAAAAAGGAAGCAACUGGAUACAGAAAUUAAGCGGGAUCAACAAAAAAUCAAAGAACUAAAGUUAAAAACAGAACCAGAAGAAGGUUUAAAACUGAAAGCUGAGGACCUUGAUGCAUUGAAGAUGAAAAGGAGAAAAGGUUCGUUUGGAAGUAUAGACCAACUCCAGAAAUUGGAUGAGCAAAAGAAAUGGUUAGAUGAAGAAGUAGAAAAAGUUCUGAACCAACGCCAAGAAUUAGAGGAGCUGGAAGAAGACUUAAAGAAACGGGAGGCUAUAGUUUCUAAAAAAGAGGCCCUGUUACAGGAGAAGAGCCACCUGGAAAAUAAGAAGUUGAGAUCCAGUCAGGCCUUAAACACAGAUAGUUUGAAAAUAUCAACUCGCCUGAACUUGCUGGACCAAGAGUUGUCUGAAAAGAAUGUACAGCUCCAGAGCAGCACAGCUGAGGAGAAAAUAAAGAUUUCAGAACAAGUCCAAGCCCUCCAGAAAGAAAAAGAUCAGCUACAGAGAAGAAGAAACAGUGUGGAUGAGAAACUUAAAAAUGGUAGCGUGUUAUCACCUGAAGAAGAACAUAUUCUUUUCCAACUUGAAGAAGGGAUUGAAGCUUUGGAAGCUGCAAUUGAAUACAAGAAUGAAAGUAUCCAGAGUCGCCAGAACUCGCUCAGAGCUUCAUUCCAAAACCUCUCUCAUAGUGAAGCAAAUGUCUUGGAAAAACUCAUUGGCCUGAAUCCUAUUGAGAUUAGAGCUAUUCUUUUCAGAUACUUCAAUAAGGUGGUUAAUUUGCGAGAAGCUGAACGGAAACUACAGUUACAGAAUAAAGAAAUUAAAAUGAAGAUUCUGGAACGGGAUAAUGUGGUUCGUGAGUUAGAAUCUGCACUGGAGCAUCUGAAAUUGCAAUGUGACCGAAGACUGACCCUCCAGCAAAAGGAACAUGAGCAAAAAAUGCAGUUACUAUUACAUCAUUUCCAAGAGCAAGAUGGGGAAGGCAUCGUGGAAACUUUAAAGACAUAUGAAGAUAAAAUCCAACAGCUGGAAAAAGAUCUUUAUUUCUAUAAGAAAACUAGCAGAGAUCUUAAGAAGAAACUUAAGGAACUGUUAGGGGAAGCAAUUCGAAGGCAACUAGUACCAUCUGAACAUCAUUAUGUUGGAGAUGGAGUCCUGAACCCAGAAGAAGCAGGCACGGUUUCAGAAGAAUUAAAAUGGGCAUCUAAAACUGAAAGUAUGAAGUUAAGUGGAAAAGAAAGAGAAUUAAACAGUUCAGCAAGUAGUUUAAGAACACAACGAAAUCCUCAGAAGCUCUGGGAAGAUGGCCCAGAAUUACCUCCAAUUUAUAGCUCUUUAGCACCCACUAGUGGGCAUUUGUUAAGCAAUGAGGAUAAAACAGAAGCAGAUGAAAAUCAGAUUACAAAAACUCACAGUUGCACAUCACCCCAAAUUCAGCCAGUGGGAAAUGUGGGACAGAUUCAUGGUGUCACACCUGUAAAGUUGUGUCGCAAAGAGUUACGUCAGAUUUCUGCCGUGGAACUCUCAUUACGACGUUCCAGUCUUGGAGUUGGUGUUGGAUCUAUGGCUGCUGAUUCCAUUGAAGUAGCUAGAAAACAGAGUGACUUAAAAACUUAGAUAGUUACUCAUGAAACUUUUAAUUUAGAAAUGUGUAAGAUUCCUUUUUCUAACCUGUUAAAAAUUAAAGCUUAAGCUCACUAGUUCUUCCCUCAAGAUAAAGGAAGAAGUGGAGAAAGAAAUCCCCCAUCCUUUCGUACAUUUUAGAUGUGUAUAUCUUCUCUAGUACAUUUGGGGAGUUUUAAUUUGCAUUUCCAUAAUAACCAAACACAUUUUCCAAUACUAUACUAUACUUGAUAGUUUUAACAUUUAAAAAUUUCCACUUAUAAAUUUUCCCAAAAUUCUUUUCCAGGCAUAUUUGAAGAACAAGACUAACAGUAGAAUAAUAAACUAAAUAUCCAUCAAAUAUAUAUUAUUAUUUAAUGUAAAAGCAUAUUAUAAAGUAUAUUUUAUAGUAUGUUAUGAUGCAAUAAUUAUAUCUUAUAAGUUAUUCUUAAAUACAAGUAUACAUUAUUUUUAAAAGAUUCAGUUAAAUAUUGCUUAUAUCAGAGGGAGAGUCACCUCCUGCAUAUGUUUUGGUACAGCUGAAAAAUUGUGUCAAAAUGCAGUCUCUGGGCUAAGGCAACUAACUGGCCAGGUUUAUGGAUUAAGGUUAAUUUAUGGUCCUCAGAGCUUACAGAAGUUGGUGAUCUUGAUAUUUUAAACAUGGCCUGUGUUCUUUUUCUGGAAUUGUUUUUAGAAUAUUAUAUUAUUAGUUUGCUGAUAUUGUAGAAUAUAAAUUUUCAUCUCUCUCCUGCCCUGCCUUCAACAUAUCUCUAUGCUACUAAAAAUGGAAGAAAGGAAUAUAAUUCUAUGGAACGGGGAAACAAUAAUAGAAUAAAACUAAAGCAUUUUACCAUUUCAAGGAAAAGAUAUAUGGUCCCAUGGAGUACACCUGUAAAGCUUGACAUCUAGCCAGUGGAGCUUUAGCUCAUAAUCUGAUGGGCUUAAUCUGAGAUUUUUCUCUACAACCUGCUUAGUCAGGCUUUGCACACAGGCAGGCCAGACUAUAUUGGGGCUGUAAAUAUGUAAAUGAAAAUUUUUCUUCAGUAUCUUUUGAUCUAAACAUUAUUAUAUAAUAUAAACUUCAUUUGAAAUUAAGAACUAAACAUCGAUUUGCCCUGCACACAGUUUGUACUUUUGCAUCAUAUUUGUCAAUCAGAAAAAACAUCGCCUAUGAUGACUGGAGCUAUUUUGUAUUUUUUUUUUUACUUGUUAUUUUUGUUACUUUUCCAAACUUUCACUUGUUAAAUAAAGUUAUUUCUUAAAUUAAUUAAUGUUUGGGUGGGGCUAGUAGCAAAACCACCCUGACUUAUGGAUGCCUACUCAAUUAGUCACCUAUUUCCUUGCUGACUCCCGUUAUUUUCUUAUUUGAUGCUACUACUAAUUUUUUUUUUGUCCUUUUAUCUGUUGCUGUUGACCCUGACCAUCUUACCUAAGACCCAGACUGUCACCCUGUGCUCAAAGCCUAAUAUUUUCUUUUUGUAGUUUCUAGCUCUUAGGUAGUAGGGUUCCUUGGUCCCACUGCUAAAAACCAGUUCCUAUAGGAAAAGAAAACCAAACCAAAACAAACUUCUAAAUUGAUGAAUAGUUUCUAUAUCUUGUAAGCAUGGUACUAAAAUUCAUUUAAAUUAUGGGUUAAAUAGAAUUCUAUGUAUCCAUCUGGGAACUGAACCAUAAUUUAUAACAUCGAUACUGAGAAAUUUCUUCACACAAUGAAUUUACAAACUACAGUGGAUAUUUUAUUUUUAUCAGGGGCUAUUUCAAGUCAGAUCUUGGUUUUAAGCAAGUUUCCUCUUUUUGUCUUGGUUUGUAUGAUAUAUAUUUAAUGUAUAUCAUAUAUAAUGUGUUUAUAAAUAUAUACUAGCCAAAGGCCAGUGCCUUAACAAAGCAUAGCAAUUAUUUAUUUAUUAAUAAAUACAUAUUUAUUAAUGAAGGUCCUAACUGUAAAUUCUUUAUAAGAUUAAGAAAUGAUUUAGAAAUAAUUGAUGUAAGAAUAUAUUCUGACACUGGAAUCCUGCUUCUCCAGGAAAUUGACAUAUAUUUAUUUUACCUGUGAAAAUAUAAACACAUUUUCUGAAAGCCAACUCACUAAAAAAGUUAAAAAAUUUCUAUCAAACCAACAGUGAUUAGAUUUGAUAAUGCAAAUGUGAACUGACUUCUAAAUAACAAAGAUACAGUUUUUUUUCUUCCUUCUGGUUAUACAUAUAUCCUUUAUAUCUAUGAUAGGGUUCAUAUACAUAUACAAACACAUAUAAAUAAUAUAUGAAUAAUAUAUUCUGGAAGUGAACCUCUUCUCAUUCUAGUCAGUGUCCUCACAAAAGAAAGAAAAAUUAAGUCAUCUCUCCAAGGCAAGUAAAAUUAUUUUUUACAUAUACUACUAAUAAAUUUUAUUGUUUCACAUGCUUUUCUUAGUCUGAACAUUUUGUCAUUACCUUUUUGCAUGUUUAUAAAAUUGUUUGUGGUUUUCUUUUUCUGUUCAUUAUGGCUUUUUUUUCCCCACCAUAACAGAGCAUUUGAAAAGAAACAUGUUUGCCUUCAAAAAGUACUAAUUCCUUCCCUAACUCCAGAGUAUUAUAGAUAAUAGUAUUGCAGAAUGCUAUAAAUAUGGGCAACUAUAGGCAGUGAGAGUAUCAAUGAAGGUGCUUUUGUGCUUUAAUGCUUGUUUUCUUUUGCUAAUGUUUUUUGUUCAUUUUUUGUUUUGUUUGUUUUUUUAGUCCCUCAGUUCUUCAUAUCCUCAUGAAAUCAGGGUCCAAGGAAUUAGCUAAUAUACCUAUGAUCUUCAAUAAUGUGGACUUUAUUGCCACUAGCAAUUGGCUUGUUUCUAUUAGUCCAAGUCAAUAAAGUGAUAAAUCCUUA